GUCAUUUUUGAAUUUUGAUUUUUGGAUAAAAGUUAGCUGCAUCAAACAUUUGGCUUAUCAUUUUCACAUCUGUUAUCCGUGAAUUAUCGUUAAUUUUGUAAUAGUGAGGAAAUCGCCUCCGUUAGGGAAAAGUAUAAACUAUAAAGUGAGGACUUUUCAGUUUUCACUUUUGUCUUUGCAGCUUUGCUGGCUGAAUUUGCAAAAGCGUAGGAUGGUUUCUUUCCUUCAGUGGUACUCUUUCUGUGAUCCGAACUGCUUGUUCCAAAUCAUUCUUGAGAGAGCUCUCGUGAAAUAGCAGAAAUGUUAACCAGUCGACUGCUGGCAGAAUGCGAGUCAGUGCUCUUCUCGCGGCAUCAACUGGUCCGGAAUCUGCUGGGAAUAUUCCACCGAACAUUGUCGAAUUCGUCGAGCACAGCAGGUGGCCGUGACUUCGACGUGAUUGUGGUGGGCGGCGGCCAUGCGGGCACAGAGGCGGCGUGUGCGGCGGCGCGGAUGGGCGCGCGAACACUUUUGGUUACUCACAAACUGGACACCCUGGGCGAAAUGUCCUGCAAUCCCUCCUUCGGGGGGAUCGGCAAGGGCCACCUGAUGAAGGAGGUGGACGCGCUGGACGGGGUGUGCGGACGGAUCUGUGAUAUCUCGGGCGUGCAGUACAAAGUACUCAACCGCAAGAAGGGACCGGCCGUCUGGGGAUAUCGCGCUCAGAUCGACAGGAAGCUGUACAAAUCCAAUAUGCAAGCGGAAUUGAAAGCCUACCAGAACCUCACCAUCCACGCCGCCUCUGCGGACGAUCUCCUUACCCAGCCCUCCGAGAUUGAUCCCUCUCAGACGACUUGCCGCGGCGUUGUCACUUCCGACGGCACCACCUAUCACGCCAAAUCGGUUGUCCUGACCACCGGGACUUUUCUGCGGGGGGAAAUCAAUAUCGGACUGGAGACACGGCCGGCGGGGAGGAUUGGCGACGCCCCGGCGGUUGCACUUGCGCAGACGAUUGAGAAGGCCGGUUUCACUAUGGCCCGCCUGCGAACGGGCACGCCGCCGCGGUUGGAUAAGAAGACCAUUGAUUUCACCAAGACCGGCGUGUUUUAUGGUGACGAUCCCCCUUUGCCUUUCUCCUUUAUGAAUGAUCGGCCGUGGAUUGCGGCGGACCAGCAGAUGCUGUGCCACAUCACAUACACGCCUGCGGAGUGCAGUAAGAUUGUGCUGGACACGCUGCAUCUGAAUCGGCAUGUGAAGGAAGAAACGCGCGGGCCGAGAUACUGUCCUUCCUUUGAGUCCAAAUCCAUUCGAUUCGGACACUUACCGCAUCGAGUCUGGCUGGAACCGGAAGGCUUUGAUUCGGAGGUAAUCUAUCCGAAUGGGCUGUCUAUGACAAUGCCGGUGGAAUACCAGAUUAAGAUAUUACGAUUAAUUCCUGGAAUGGAGAACGUGGAGAUGUUUCGGUCUGGUUACGGUGUCAUGUACGAUUUCAUCGAUCCGCGGCAGUUGAAGCAAACUCUAGAAACGCACCGCAUGCCGGGCUUGUUUCUGGCUGGCCAGAUAAACGGCACGACAGGUUAUGAAGAGGCCGCUGCACAGGGCAUAGUCGCCGGAAUCAAUGCCGGCUGCAACGCCCUGUACCGGCCUCCUUUUGUCAUCAGCCGCACCGAAGGCUACAUUGGCGUCCUCAUCGACGAUCUCACUCGGCUGGGAGCCACAGAACCCUACCGCAUGUUUACUUCGCGCGCCGAGUACCGCUUAAAGCUGCGACCGGACAACGCCGAUGCGCGAUUGACGGAGAAAGGAAUCAGCGUGGGUUGCAUCGGAGAAGCCCGCCAGCAGCGUUAUGCCACACAGAAAGCGCAGUUAGCCCGGGCAAUGGAGUUGCUGCGAUCCCUGCGAAUGUCGUCCCACAAAUGGGCUUCCAAGUUGAACGUUGAUUUCAACUUGACGAAGCCGGAUGCGCGAAAUGCGUAUCAGGUCCUUAACCAUCCCGACAUCUCGGUGCAGACGCUGCUGAAUGGCGUUGGCGGUGAACAUCCGGAAUUAAAGGAGUUAUUGGAGAUGGACUGGUUGGGACGACGUAUAAAAAUCAGCGCCACCUACGCGGAAGCGACUCGAGACCUGCAGUUGGACAUGGCCCGUGUUCAGGCCGACGAGUCAGUAUUGCUGCCGGUGGACAUUGACUACGAUGAGCGCGGCCUCAAUCUGUCUGGGGAAGUGAGGGAGAAGCUGAAACGCCUGCGACCCGCUUCCUUGGCGGCUUGCAGCCGCAUCGAGGGCAUCACGCCCGAUGCGCUCAUUCGUCUGUUGCGCAUUGCUAAGCGCCGGCCGCCGCCGGUGUCGACAACUUCCGAGGAAGCUGUCAAUGUGGUGAUGUGAUAGGGGAGCGGAUUACAAGUUAGUGGAAAUGUGGGUGGUCCACAUUGUUUGCACAGUGAUAGAUGGGUGGAAUGAUUCGUUGAGUUUGGUAAAUUUAAGAAAGGUGGAUGAUCUUUUUGGUGUUUGUUAUCACAUCUUCGGUGAAAUUUUUUACAGUGUACCUGGUGACUAUGCGGAAGAAAACUCAAAGAUUUGUUGGUUAAAAAUAAACUCUGGGAUUCUGAUUUCUGAAGAAGUACUGCUCUUUCUCCUGAAUA